CUCGUUCUUGAACGUUACGAACUCAGACUACCACAUUCUACCGGGAAAUUCGCUGGGACUUGUUAUCAUGGUGGCGGCCGACGCUGCAGAGUCGCCCGGAGCCUCCGCGCCGGACGUGGAGGUGGUGGAAGUGAGCAGAUCGAAGGUGACAACGACGCGUAACGAGCGCUCGCCGCUACUGUCCAAACCUGAGGAGGAAGUCUAUCCUUUGCCGUGGUUCCGGAGCCCUGAAUGGACCAGACAACCACCGCCACCCGCAAGAAACCCCGGACGUCGCAGUCAAAGCGCUGCCAACAGCAAGAAAUCUUCUGCGUGCCCAUCAGCACUACUGUGCUGCUACAACUCGGCGUCGGACGCUGGCUCUGAGUCAGAGAUGGAACUUGGCAAUCUCGUGCGAAGACCGGCGAACGCGAGCGAGGCCGACGCAGAAGCGGACAGCUUCAAGCAGUGCAUCCAGUUUCUAGUGGGGCUCAUCUUGAUCAUGGCCAUGGCUCUCAUCCUUCUGAUCAUUUUCCAGCCCCAACCCGACAGCUCGCGCUGAGCAGCGGCGACGUCCAUUAACGUUAGAACUCCCCAAGAGAGAACAGCAAUUAAUAUCAAGAGUGUGGGUGAAACGAAGCAAAGAGGAUGCCACCAAGAUGUACAAUACAAUAACCCCCGCCCCACAUCCGCCGCGAGUCAAGCCCAGCAAGCUUAAACAAUAAAAGCUAACGUGAAUUCUGAAAACCACGCUGCUUCAGGGACAUCCAUCGCGUUGCUGUGCUACUACACAGCUCCUGGUUCCAACGGUUCCUCAUGCAACAAAUUUGAUGACACGGCUACAUUUUUGUCGCCAUUAGUGCUGUUCACUGGUCUACUACGCACGUCUACGCCUUCUCCUUGGCGAGGUAGGCGUCGUGCAGCUUCUUCUGCUUGUCCUGCUCCUUCUUGAGCUUCUUGCGCUGGUUCUUGGUCAGC